UUAUAUAUAUAUGUCUAUUUUAUAUGGUCUGUGGCGCGUCCCGUCGUUUUCGUCGGACGCUUUUCAUUGAUAACCGCCGAACGACGAUGAUAACAGUCGUGGUCAGUGACGAUAACUACUACCUACGGCCACAAGACGUAUGACACAAAUGGAGGACCAAGAGAAACAAUUAGAGUUUGCGUUAGCGUCUGUUCAAAAACAAGGAGUGCAUAUGAAAAUGUGCUUGGAUAAAAAUAAAUUAAUGGAAGCACUUAAACACGCAUCUGCUAUGCUUGCUGAAUUGCGCACAUCUUUAUUAUCACCAAAGAGCUAUUAUGAACUAUUUAUGAAAGUAACCAACGAACUAUGUUAUUUAGACUUAUAUCUAGUAGAAGAGUUUGAACGAGGUCGUAAAGUCGAUGAUUUAUAUCAAAUAAUACAGUAUGCUGGAAAUAUUGUACCGAGGCUUUAUUUAUUGAUUACGGUGGGCUUAGUUUACAUAAAAACAAACACAAAUUUGAAACGAGACCUCUUAAAAGAUCUUGUUGAAAUGUGCCGUGGUGUUCAACAUCCUUUACGUGGUCUAUUUUUACGCCAUUAUUUAUUACAAUGUUCCAAAAAUGUAUUACCUGAUAUACCAGAUAAUGAAGAGACUGAACACCCUGAAGGCACUGUACGUGAUUCGAUUGAUUUUAUAUUAAUGAAUUUUGCUGAGAUGAAUAAACUUUGGGUAAGAAUGCAACAUCAAGGACAUUCUAGAGAAAAGGAACGUCGUGAAAAAGAACGUGAAGAAUUAAAAAUUCUUGUUGGAACUAAUUUGGUCAGAUUGUCACAUUUAGACAGUAUUACAUUGGAUAAAUAUCGUAAAGUUGUUUUGCCUGGUAUUUUAGAACAAAUUGUCAGUUGUCGAGAUGCCAUUGCCCAAGAAUAUCUUAUGGAAUGUAUAAUUCAGGUGUUUCCCGAUGAAUUUCAUCUUUAUACACUGAAUGUGUUUUUAAAGUCAUGUUGUGAAUUACAACCAUCAGUGAAUGUAAAGACUAUUGUCAUUUUAAUGAUUAAUCGUCUAACAAUAUUUACUUUCCACAAUUCAAAUGCAUCUGAAGUGAAAUUAUUUGAAGUACUCACUGAACAAAUAGCCAAUAUUAUUCAGAGUCGUGAUUUACCGCUAGAAGAUACUGUGUCACUUCAAGCUGCCAUGGUUGGCUUAGCUCUGAAAUGCUAUCCAGAUAAUUUAGAUUAUGUGGAUAAGUCUCUCCAGACUAUUUCUGAUACAUUUGCAAAGCGUAAAAUUGAAAAAAUCAGUCAUAAAAAUCCAGUAUCUAGAGAGUUGAUGGCUUUAAUGAAAUUGCCCAUUGACAAUUAUAAUGAUCUUCUUUUAGUGAUGAAGCUUAAACAUUUCCCUGAAAUUAUUGAAUAUUUUGAUUACACUGGUCGGAAAACUAUUGCUAUUUAUUUAUUACAAAAUGCUGUUCAGUGCAGAACAAUGAUUCCAUCAGUUGAACAGACUGAAAUUGUUCUUACAAUGGUUUCUCCACUAGUUAAAGACCAGCUUGAUCAACCAGUAGGCGAAGAAGAUCCUGAAGAUUUUGCUGAAGAACAAAGUCUCCUUGGAAGAUUUGUUCAUCACAUGAAAGCAGAUGAGCCUGAUUUACAGUUUAAAAUUUUAAUGGCAGAAAGAGAACAUUUUAGUUUAGGAGGAAAUAAACGAAUCUGUUAUACAUUACCACCCCUUGUAUUUCAAGCGUAUCAGUUGGCUUUGAUCUAUAGUGGAAAAAGAAAAGAAGAUGAAUUGUGGGAGAAAAAAUGCCGAAAAAUAUUCCAGUUCUGCCAUCAGACAAUUUUAGAAUUAACCAAAGCCGAGCUUGCAGAAUUGCCACUUAGAUUAUUUUUGCAAGGAGCAUUAACUAUUUCUCAAAUAAAUUUCAAAAAUUAUGAAACUGUGGCCUAUGAAUUUUACUCACAGGCUUUUACAUUGUACGAAGAAGAAAUAUCUGAGAGUAAAUGUCAAUUAGCUGCUAUUAUUUUACUGAUUGGUACGUUUGAAAAAAUAAAUUGCUUUGAUGAAGAAAAUGCUGAACCUGUUCGUACUCAGUGUGCUCUAGCUGCAUCUAAAUUACUUAAAAAACCUGAUCAAUGUCGGGCUGUAGCUAUUAGCUCACAUCUAUUUUGGUCAGCACAAAAUAAUGUUGGACAACCGCUUCAAGAUGGUAAACGAGUUAUGGAUUGCUUAAAAAAAUGUGUUCGCAUUACAAAACAGUGUAUGGAAGUAUCUGUUCAAGUUCAAUUGUUUGUUGAAUUAUUAAACUAUUAUGUUUAUUUCUACGAAAGAGGCAAUAAUAACGUGUCUGUAGAUAUAUUGAACCAGUUAAUAGGUCAGAUAAAGAAAGAAAUAACUGGUUUAACUGCAAAUGAGGAAACUGAACAGAUUACAAAACAUUUUGAAAAUACAAUUGCAUAUUUACAAAACAGAAUCGAAUCUGCAGAUACAGAAGAUUCAGUUUUUAAAGCUUUAGAAGGUUUAACGUUAUAAUAUUAUCAAACUUUUAGUUUAUUAAUUAGGUCCAAUUUAUUGAUAAUUAUGUUUUUAUUUAUAUUCUGAAUUUUUAUUUUAUUUUAUUUUAAAGUUAAUCACUGUUUAUACUUUAAUUAUUCAUAUUAUUUUCACUAAAAUACAAAUAGUUGUAAACAUAGCUAUGAAAUUUGUACUUUUGUGAUUUAUAUAUAAUAUAUAAUUUAAAUAAAUUAUGUUAAAAUUUAAUUAUAUUAUACUAUAUUAUUUGAUUAUUAUAAAUAUUAAAUAAUUUAAUAUUAAUAUACUAUAA